UGUGGGAGGAAACAAGGAAGGAUAUGACCCACAUUUUCUUCCCCUCCAAGCAGAGUAAGCAACUGAACAUUCAUUUCACCUCCUUCUCUUAAGAAUAUCACAUCCAAUUUCCUAUCAUGAAUACAACCCAUCUGUCUUUUCCCUCCUGAAAUUUCCUUUGUUGGGAUCUUACCUGUGAAACAAGCCAGUGGUAGUCAUCCCCAUGGCUCUAUAGGGAACCCAACACUCCUUUCCUGCCCUUCAUGUGCUUCGUACAUUGGCAUGUUCUCCUUUCCCCACUGUGCUACUGAGCACUGAAUCUUCUUUCUUGUGGAACCGAGUAUACUAAUAUUCUCUCGGGCUGUUGCUUCAUCGGUUCUACUGGCAUUGUAUAAGAUAAUUACCGAGCCACCACAUCAUCUCCUGGAGCUCAGAGUGAAGGAAAUAAGAGGGAGACGGAGAGGAGAGAGGAAGGUUUGAAUCUUGUGGGGGCAAAGUAGCUCUUGGCCUGUAUGUUUUGGAGAAACUUUCACAGGGUGGAGAAAAGAGAACUCUUUCUUCGAAGCAUUUUGAAGCACUGGGUUUUCUAAAUUUUCUGCUUCCAAGAAUGGCAAACGUCAGAAAGUUUGAGAAGAAGAAGAAGAAGAAGAGAGACUGCAACUUUUAAUGGUGGGGAGCUGAGAGGAAUGUUAGUGACUUCGUAUGCAGGUGGUUUCAUUUGAUUGGGCAAAUAGAUCAGAUCUCAGCAAAGGUUUAAAGACCGUUAGUGAUUGUGCUGGUCAAAAGAUAGCUCCGGAUUCAAGGGUAGAACUUGCUUGAGCCAUAGACUUUACCUCAGAAAGCAAAGGCUGCCCUUUCCCUAAGAUUAUUUUAGCUUUUGUAGUUUGGGAAGUGAUUGUUACAAAACCUCUUCCCAAGAGUGCUGAACUCUGGGUUUGACCGCUGUGUUGAUGAGAUUAAAAGCAUAGAUUUGGAGUUUCAUUGUUUCAGGAAGAGGGGAAUUCUUCACUUAGAGAAGGAAGAUUGGAAAUGUCUGCUAAACUCUUACAGGCCUUGACAGAUGACAAUCCUGAUUUGCAGAAACAAAUUGGAUGCAUGACAGGGAUUUUUCAGCUGUUUGAUAGGGGUCACCUGGUCUCGGGAAGGCGCCUAUAUGGCCAACAACAUAAAAGGCUCCCUGCAGAUCACCCUCAAUUUAGUAACAGAAAGGUGGGAGCUGAGGAAGCCGCAGUUUCUCCUCGAACUUCCAUGGCAAAGGGUCAAAUCCAGAGGCAGCGGAAAAAUAAAGACUCGUCCAUAGAUUCCCAAUCGUCGUCCUCUUGCUCUUCAUCAUUCUCUUCAGCAGAAUGUAACAGGAAUUCUCUCACUGGGCCUCCUUGCUUUGAUGAAACGCUGAAUUCACAGAAACCUCAUGGUUCGGCCACAGAUAACAAGCCUGGAAUAUCAUCUCCUUGGAAUGGCCACACUAAUUUUGUGCCUCAGACUGGGAGGCAAACCAUUGAUUUCCGAGAAAUAGUGAAGGAAUCAAUGUACAGAGAGAUGAGGGGAUUGUCCAUCAAUACCAGAGCCAAAGAUGAAAUUGCAAAUCACUUGGCGAAAACAAGAGAUUCUCCAAGGUCCUUGCAAGUCUCGAAAUUUGUGGAUGAAUGUUCUUUGAAAAGUGCAAGUGCUAAGUCCAAGAUGCCCAUAGAUUUGAAUGAGUCACUCAGAGUUCUUGCAAGACUUAAAGAAGGCCCAUGGCACGCUGCAGAAUCCAGUGACCUAACUAGAGCUUCCUAUGGAGUGAAAGAGAAUUCAUUAUGUUCAGUAUCAAGAGAAGGUCCUCGAUUCUCCUAUGAUGGAAGAGAAACUGCUCGAUCUUCCUUUGAUUCAAGGGACAACAUGAAACCCACAUCAAAACUCAAAGAACUCCCACGUUUAUCAUUAGAUGGGAGAGACUGUUCAUCUAGAAGUUCCAAUUUUGACAUGAAAUCUAGUUCCAACUUGAAAGGCCUAGAGAAUCGUAAUAGCCACUGGGACAGUGAUAACAGACAAUCACCAAGUAUAGUUGCAAAGCUCAUGGGGCUGGACACAGUGCCUAGCUCAAGACCAGUAGCUGUAGAAGGCCAGAAAUCUCUGCACUCAGCAAGAACCAGCAACCACUCUGCUACACCCAAAGUUACUGAAGAAAGUAAACUUGAUCGAUCUCUGCUUUCUCCAAGAACUCCUAGGGAAGCAGUAUCUCCACGAGGAAGGAAUACUGAGGCCACGAAAAGGCCAAUUUGUAAUCCACGGUUUCCCAUAGAAACUGCUCCCUGGAAGCAUUCCGAGGGAAAUCCUGCCUCUUCAAAUAAGGACCUCAAAGCUCAUGAUUCACGAACAAAACUGCAGGCUUCCCAGUUCGUCUUGACUGAGAUUGAAAAACGGUUGAGACAAAUGACAUUUCAACAGUCUGAAAAGGAUGUCAGAGCUAUUUUGGAUGCAAUGCAGGCCAAGAUGCUUCUGGACACCAAAAAGGUACAGCCGGGUAGAUCUCAGCAUUUUACUGCUCCAAAAAUAUCCUUGGACCAAACUCAUGAUGAACAUGUACUAGAGACAUGCAAUCCAAACUCACUUCCAACUAGGCAAGGCUGUUCAUCAAGAGCUUUUGAAUCACCAAUUGUGAUCAUGAAGCCUGCGAAGUACAUUGACAAGUACAGCAUUGCCACUUCUGUCAUCCAUUGCGACAGUUUGUCUUUUCCAGUGAGCAAAAGAUUGACGGGAGAUUUGCAACAAGUUGACAGCAGAAAGAGCUCCAGACAACCGAAGGAUCCAACUCCCAUAACUAAUGGUAGAGAAUCUUCAAUUCGAGUUCAGGCAUCUGUUAAUAAGAAACUGAGCACUAAAUCUGAAGAUAACAUCCAGAGGACUCAAAAUUCUCAGACACGACCACUACAGAUCUCUCAACAGUUGAACAGAGAUAACGCUAGCAGUUCUUCAAGGACUUCAGAUUCUUUAAGUCCUCGACUGGUACAGAGAAAGAAAGAAGCAGAAAGGAAGGCUAGGAAUACCUCCUUGCCAGAUUCUAGCAAGCCCCGGAGGCAGCCUCGACCACGACAUGAUUUUGGACAUAAAGGUGGCAAGCUUACAACUGAUUCAGUGCAUUAUUCAGUACCAUCAGAAGAUCAGACAAGCGAUUUUAGCAGUGACACAACAAGACAAAUUAGCCAGCAAGGAGAUGAAAUAUCUGUUCUUUCAGAUAGUAAUAUGAGUUCUGCAUCACAAGUAGACGUGGAAAUGACAAGUUCAGAUUGUUCCUUAGUGGCAGACUGUGGUUUGCAGACUUCACCUACAAUCUUUAACAAGAAAGUGAAGAAUGAGGAGGUGUCAUCAGUUCUGAAUGAUGAAAAAAGAUUGAUGGAAUUAGGAGGUGCACAGCCUGAAGGCCCUGAUCAGCCCAGUCCAGUUUCAGUCCUAGACCAAUCUUUUUACAAGGAGGAUACCAUGCCUUCACCUGUUCCAGUUUCAUGCCCCUUCCAAGGCAGCAAAAACCAAACAACAGAAGAUGUUCCAAGAGAAGAGAACCCAAAACCAUCUGCCAGCAUUUUCUUAUCCAGCCCCAGGAGGUCUCUCAACUUCACCUUGUCAAAGGAUCAUUGCAAUAAGUUGGCAAGCAUUGAAGACCUUGUUCAGAAGCUCCAGCGCCUCAAUUCAUCUCAUAAUGAGGUUGCCACAGAUUACAUAGCAUCUCUUUGUGAGAAAACAACCCCUGACCACAGAUAUGUUUCUGAGAUAUUAUUAGCAUCAGGUGUCCUACUGAAGGAUCUUACUGCAGAUGCAAAGACACCUACUCUGGCACACUCGUCUGGCUACCUGAUCAACCCUGACCUCUUCUUUGUCCUUGAGCAGACAAAAUCUAGUAGAACGUGUAAAGAUGAACCUGGGGAAACUGGGUUGCCUGACGAACAGAAGACUGAUCAUGAAAAAGUGCACAGACGAUUGAUCUUUGAUACUGUGAAUGAACUCCUUAUCAACAAGCUCCCUGUCUUGGAUGCAGAUCCGUGGCUUGGUUCAUCGAAGCUAUCAAUGAAAUCAUUGACUGGACAGCGGCUUCUGCAUGAAAUAUGUGCAGAAAUUGAUAAUCUUGCAGAAAAUCAUUCUAUUGAUGAUGAUGAUGAUGUGAUCUACAGUCUGACUUGUCAGCUGGAGAACUGGUGUGAUCAGCGGAAAGAUAUUUCUGCAGUUGUGCUGGAUAUUGAGAGGAUGAUAUUUAAGGAUUUAGUGGAUGAUAUAGUAAAUGGAAGUGGAUGGACUUCUAAGGCUGUGGAGAAGACAAGGCACUUGCGCCAAGCAGGAGCUAAGUAGGCCUAGUGCAGGAACAAGAGUGGAGUUUCAGUUAAUCCAGUCUAUCAGCUUCGUUUCCAUUUUCUUUUUAUUCUUUCACAGGGAUAUGCUUAUGUUCAUACAUGAUAUAUUUGUAAGUGGCUGUGAGAAUUGAAUAUAGAUAACAUUUUUCUA